AAAAAUUGGACUUCCUUUGGAUAAAACAAAGAGAAAGGUUUCCCUCUCUUCAACAGAAGAAAAAAAUGGUCUGCACUUCUUCACUUCAACCUCGUCUUUUCUCUACCUUUGUCGGAGAUCGCCUCACUCAUUCUAAACUCCCACUACAUCAACUCUUCCACGACAAUAGCAGAGCAGGAACAGAUUAUGUGCCGCUGCAGUUAUCAAAAACAUAUUGUAGCUUAACUGAUCUCUUUUUCAAUAAAAGCAGGAAUAGAAAUAACUUGCAAAAUAAUAAACGCAAACGUCUAGAGCCUGGAGAAGUGUCACCUCGUCGACCUGUUCCAGAACAUAUACUUAGGCCACCAUAUGUGAAAUCAAAGCAGUCACCAGGGAUUGCAAGUGGACUUGAAAUACACGAUGAGUACGGGAAAGAGUGUAUGAGAGCUUCUGGAAGGCUUGCUGCGCAGGUUUUGGAGUAUGCCGGAACGUUAGUCAAGCCAGGACUAAAGACUGAUGAAAUUGAUGAAGCUGUUCACCAAAUGAUUAUAGAUAAUGGGGCAUAUCCUUCGCCUCUGGGCUACGGUGGGUUCCCAAAGAGUGUUUGCACAUCAGUGAAUGAAUGUAUUUGCCAUGGGAUUCCGGAUUCGCGUGCACUUGAGGAUGGCGACAUAAUCAACAUUGAUGUGACUGUCUAUUUGAAUGGCUAUCAUGGAGAUACAUCUGCUACUUUCUUUUGUGGCGAUGUUGAUGACAAUGCACGGAAUCUCGUUAAGGUAACUAAGGAAUGUCUAGACAGAGCUAUCUCAAAAUGCGCACCAGGAGUCGAAUACAAGAAAAUUGGCAAAGCGAUACAUGAUCAUGCAGAUAAACAUAAAUACGGUGUUGUUCGACAGUUUGUUGGCCAUGGGGUUGGAAAGGUUUUUCACGCUGAUCCAGUAGUUCUACAUUACAGAAACAACGAUGCUGGGCGAAUGGUAUUAGGUCAAACCUUUACUAUUGAGCCAAUGCUGGCAAUGGGUAGUUAUAAUCCUGUUAUGUGGGAUGAUAAUUGGACGGUUGUUACAGCUGAUGGAAGUCUUUCUGCUCAGUUUGAACACACAUUACUAAUAACGGAAGAUGGUGCUGAGAUAAUGACCAAGUGACGAGAGGCGAUAUACCUCUAAAUGCUUUGAGAUUCUAUAUAACGAUUCUUCUCAACAAGCAUUUACAUUGUACUGAAAAAGAAAAUGGAUGUAAUUUUCAUUUUACGCAUAGUGGUGUACCAUUGUUUACAGUUGAAUCCUUGUAUGUAACCCUGAUACAUGUUGCUCAUUGCUUCAAUAACUCAAUGUUCAGUAUAUCGACAGAAUUGUUUUUCUUUCAUUUAUUGUAUUUGAUUUAGAUGCUGUAAUAAAAUUGAAAGUGGUUUCACUUGUUCAGUAUAUUGUGGUUUCACUUGUUCAGUA